AUGUCUGAAUUACCAAUAUCCAUAAAUGAUUUUAAAUCUCAACAAUAUCGAUGGUCAAAAGGUGCCGCUCAAACAGCUCGUAAAUUAAUUGGUGAAGUAUUACGUGCAAAACAAUUAUCAUUAUUUAUUCGUUAUCAUGCUAUAUUUCAUUUAUUUUCCAGUUUAUUAUUUUUAACAUGUUUAUGUCAAACACUUUUAUUAGUUGCAAUUGAAACAUUAUGUAUUGAACCAACAAUAUUAAUUUUAACAAAUAUUAUUAACGCUAUUUUAAUGUUUAUAACAUCAUAUAUUGGUAAUAAUGAAGCUAAACGUUUAACAUUAAUUAAUAAUAAUAAAAAAUUAUUAAAUAAUGAAAAAUUUAUAAUUAAAUUAAUUAAAUUUUUAUAUCAUUUUUUACUUUUUAUAUCAUUAUUACAAGCUAUUUGUUUUCAUAAUUCAAUUGCUGUUAUUGAUGGUUUAAUACGAAAAAAAGGUGAAUUUAAACGUACACCAAAAUAUUAUGUUCAAACAUCUAAAAUUGAAUCAAAACAAUUAAUUAAUAAUAAAAAACAAUAUUAUCAACGAAAAUCAAUUGAUUGGUUAGCAUUAGCUGAUAUAAUAUUAGCAAUUGUAUUUAUUUUAAAAUCUAUACAUUGUAUAUUUUUUAUUGGUAUAUAUUUAAAAUUUGGUACAAUAAUAUUUACUACAUUUAUGCCGUAG